GAGAGAGAGAGAGAGGUAGCAGUCAGUGCAAUGGGAUAGAGGAGAGCGAGGAGGAGGAGGAGGAGAGUGAAUGAGAGCAGCUGGAUCUGCCUUCGCCUUGCCUUGCCUGUGUGCCCUGCCUGUCGUCUGCUGAAGCUGGGUUUUCUUACCGCCGCGCCACCACGCUGCACUGGCACGGAGUGGAGGCUCGGCCCAUUUGCAUCCAACGUCUGCACCCUCAGCACCAACAGGAAGACACACAGGACCGGUUUUUACACCCCCAGCAAGGAGGAAAAAAAAGACGGGACUAGCUCACCAGGCUUCUCCAUCAUCAAGGGGGGGGGACGCAGCAGCUACAAAAGGAGUCUGUCGCUACCAUUUAGGCACUAGCUGCUCCAUCAACCAAAUCCCCCUCCACCUUACCCCCAUCCUUACCAACACCUCCACCUCCACCACUCCUCUCUUGCUCCUCCCUAUGUCCUUGUCCUCGGCGGCUCCUCUCACCUCCCUGGCCAGUAUAUGGAUAGAAGCUCCCUGUUUCAGCUCAUACAAGAGCAGGCCAAAAUGAAAGCGUGAAAAACAACACAGGAUGGAUACAAGCAUCAUGGAGCCAUGUGGGCCCCGAGAAUGUGAGCUGGACCCAGAGAACACCGGUUUCAUCCCAGUGGAGAACUUCACCAGCUUGGUGGAGCACCAUGAGCUGCAGCUGGACCCGUCCAAACUGGACAUGCUGUUAGCCCUGGUCCACAGCAAUGAAGAGGGACAGGUGUGCUACCAGGAGCUCAUCGAGUUGAUGAGCAGUAAGCGCUCCAGCAGUUUCCGACGGGCCAUUGCUAAUGGCCGCCGCACGCUGCAGAGGGAGAUCCUGCUGGACGAGACGGGGCUGGGUCUGUACAAACGCUUUGUCCGCUAUGUGGCCUACGAGAUCCUGCCCUGUGAGACGGACCGGCGCUGGUACUUCCAUCAGAACCGCCUGUGUCCCCCGCCAGUCUUCAUAGCCAUCGUCACCAUUGUACAGAUCAUCGUGUUCAUGUGCUACGGGAUCAUGCUGAACAAGUGGGUGCUGCAGACCUACCAGCCGGACUUCAUGAAGAGCCCUCUGGUCUAUCAUCCCGGUCACCGAGCACAAGUGUGGCGUUUCUUCAGCUACAUGUUCAUGCACGUUGGUUUGGAGCAGCUGGGGUUCAACGCUUUACUGCAGCUGAUGAUUGGCGUUCCUUUGGAAAUGGUCCACGGCAUCCUACGGAUAAGUCUGCUUUACAUGGCGGGAGUGCUGGCCGGCUCUCUGACAGUGUCCAUCACCGACAUGCGCGCUCCCGUGGUGGGGGGCUCCGGGGGAGUCUACGCUCUGUGCUCGGCGCAUCUGGCUAACGUCGUCAUGAACUGGGCCGGGAUGCGAUGUCCGUACAAGCUGCUCCGCAUGAUCCUGGCGCUCGUGUGCAUGAGCUCGGAGGUCGGUCGUGCGGUCUGGCUCCGCUUCUCACCGCCCCUGCCUUCCUCGGGGCCCCAGCCCAGCUUCAUGGCUCACCUGUCAGGAGCUGUGGUCGGUAUCAGCAUGGGGCUGCUGAUUCUGCGCAGCUACGAGGAAAGCCUGCAGAAGCAAUGCUCCUGGUGGGUCAUCGUCUUCUCCUUCAUCACCUUCCUCCUCUUCGCCAUCUUCUGGAACAUCUUUGCAUAUGAGUUGCUGGGGGUGCAGAUACCUCCUCCUCCCUGAUGAAGGCCCCCUCCCCCUCCUCCCUCCUCCUCUUCCUCCGCCCCUGCAGGCUGUCCUCCACAUACACACUCCAGACUCCAACCCUGCGCCAAACGAAGGUUUCCCUUUGACCAUAGUCAACAUCACAAGUUAGUCCCAAAUGAAAUGAUAUGAAGUCGUUGAAAACUAGAAAUCGACCAAGAAUCCUUUUUUACAGAUACUUUGCAAAUCAAAGAAAUACGUCUCUUUUAUUAAAGAGGGAUUACCGUAGCAACAAGUACAGGUGAACGCUCCUCAGAUCACAUUUUGAGGAGCAUUAUAUCUUUUGUAUAUGUACAUUCAAAUCAUCUACAUUACAAGCACUUAACUUUCAGUCAGCAUUUAGCAAUUGUGCUCUUUUUUUUCAGAGGUUUUUUUUCUAAAGCAUUAGUCGCGUCAUUGAAUGCAUCUUUCAUACAUGUAAAGAAGUUUAACUCCGCUGGGAUGGGAGGGAGUGUGUCCUGCGUCGGUUACAACAGAAAUGCUAUUGAUGAAGGUGAUCAGCUGCAGGGAUGCCCCUCAAAUGAACAGGGCUUCAGUGUUAUUCUCAAAUAACUUAUGUAGAGUAGACCAAGCCCAAAAAAAUUUGAGCUGCUGGAGAAAAAAUUCAGCAAGAGCAUGUUUAUUUUAUGGAGGCAGCAAUAAGAAAACACACACACAAGUACUGAGGGUUUUUUUUUGCAGGAUUGUUCACAAACUAAUUGAAAAGCAAAAACAAGAACAGCUUACAGAAUGUUUUCCUCAAAUUGAGCUCCUUAGUAAGAAGAUAAAACGUCAAAGUCUUUUACCCAGAAUGCAAAUGGAAUAAGAAACCCAAAUCUCUUAAAAAAAAAAAAAGAAUUGAUGAAAAAAGUUUUAAAGGAAAGUCUCCAGGCUGUUUGUGGAUCCUCAUCAUCUUUUAGUUAGCUGUCACUUUCACUUCACAAAUAAGACAACAUCAGCUUCCUUUAAUUAUCUCUGUGACAUUUAACCUACACUGUGGAAAGAGAAACAAAACUCAGACAUCAUGGACGAGAUGCUGAUGGGAAACAGAAGAGGGGGAAAGUAACAGCUUGAUGUUUCCUGGACGGUCAUUCCUCGAGCGAGUGAGUUCCUCCUGUUGUGUCAAACGCUCACAACUGACUUUGCUAGGUGCACCAUUGUAAAUUAUGCCAUGUCAUGGCUCUGUGGCUCUCAGCGAGACAAGGACACACACACACACACACACACACACACACACACACACACACACACACACACACAUACACACACACAGACACACACACACACACACACACACACACACACACACAUACACACACAUACACACACACAGACACACACACACACUUCU